AUGCUACAGAUCCUGCCAGCAACAGCUGAGGACGUCCCGCGCCUUGUCGAGAUCGGACACUCCGCGUUCGCUGGCAAUGCCCUCGACCGCGCUGUCUUCGGCGACGUCGACCCGCAGGUGCACCGCGAGCACUCGAUCAAACGACAGACGAAGAUGCUCGAGACGGGCAAGAUGUCCUUCAUGAAGGCGGUCGUGGCUGGCGAAAUAGUGGGUGUCGCAAUUUGGGCGCUGCCGAAGAAGGAGGAGGACAAGGCUGAGGAGAAGAAAGAGGAUGGAGCAAACAAGGAGAACGAGUGGCCUCCUGGGACCAACGUCGAGCUGGCGACGGAGAUGUUCAUGCACGACGCAGGAAUCAAGGAGCCGCAUUACUAUCUCGGCUUCCUCUCUGUCGAUCCGAAGUACCAGCGGAACAAGGCAGGCUCGACUCUGCUGCGGUGGGGAUGCAAAAAGGCGGACCAGGAGGGCGUGCCCGUCUAUCUCGACGCGACCAAAGUUGGCAUUCCCGUCUACGAGCGAGCGGGGUUUGAGCCCUUCGGUCCACCACACGUCUCGAAAAUCGACCCGCAACACGUGCUCUACCCUAUGCGCCGACCCCCGCUACGCAUCGAACCUGCUACUCUCGCCGACCUGCCCGCUCUCGCACCAAUCCACCGCCUCGCCUUCUUCCCCGGCGCAAUAACCCAGUAUUGUUUCCGCGACGUCAGUCCCUCCAACUUUGACGCAUGGUUCGUCAAGCGCUUCACAGGCGUAUUGGAGAAGCGCGACAAAGGCGAGAAAGUCGAGGUAUUGGUUGGCAAGAGGGCCGACAAGCCGGUCGCGCUGGUGUACUACGGGCUUGAGCCGGAGCUGGAGAAGCGCGAGAAGGACGACACGCCAAGGCAGUUUCCUGAAGGCGCGAAUGUCGAGCAGGCGACAGACAUCCUUGGACAGAUGGACGCGCACAUCAAGAAGAUCCCGUUCGCUCAUUGCUCCUGGCACAUCAUUUCCGUCCAUCCAGACGCUCAAGGGACCGGUGUAGGGUGGAAGAUGAUGCAGGCUGUUCUGGACGCCGGAAAGGCAGCUGGACUGCCCGUCACACUCGAAGCAACUGACGAGGGACGGCCAAUGUACCAACUCGCCGGCUUCAAGGACUUUGCGGAAGUCAUCGUCGCGAAGAAUGACGAGAGCGUCAAGCUCUGGCCGAUGAUCCUCGAGCAGUCGGAGGGCUAG